AUUCGGUGUCGGGGCGUGGUGGAGGGCAGACGUGUCUCCAGGAGCUCCCGGUUUUGGCAGACAACGCUCCACUAUCCACCACAAUUACUCAACCACGAUCGUUCCAGGUUAUAAAUCCUUAGAUAACAAAUCCAGAAUUACCUUCUAUUAAUCCCUUAUAUGCGAAGCGGAAGGUUGAACACCUCGCGGAAAUGCCGGUUGGGCGAUCUCCGCCCUUGCAGCGACGCGCGGGAAUUUUCACGGAAGGUGCGUCAGAUACGCCUCAAGACCAACAGCAUGAAUCUGCCAUUGGAAAUAAAGCGGGAUUAUGUCAUGCUUCUGCGCCCAGUGGCGUUGCGGCAAAAGUAAGUGCAAGUGAGAAAGAAGUUGCUAGAGGACAUGAUGAAGACGUAGAUGCGGUAGAUGCGGUGUCUCAGUUUAAUACCGCUCCGGAUAUUGUGAUUUCUGAGGAGAUCAUCAAGUCUGCAACUGAAUGGAUCUGCAGUUUGGGGCUCUACUUCUGCUGUUAACAUGUGCCGCCGGCUACUCUCCGGGCGACCCGCCGAAGCCGAUGCCGGACCGCUACAUCACCUCCGGCAUCCUGCACCUGCCGUACGCCGAGCUGCACGAGCCCUUCUCGGCCUGGGUGGACCUGAAGGCCGACAAUAGCCGACUCGACUACUACAACGGCGUCAUGAAGACCUAUCAGAUGGGCGGCAAGGACGGGGGUAGCUCGUUCAAAAUCAUGCCUGUCACCGUUGAUGGCAAGGUCUAUAACAAGAUGAUGUGCUUCAAGACCCCCGGCAGUGCCGAGGCGCCCAUGCACGCGCAGCCGAUGGUGCCCAACGUGGCCAACUUCAGCUUCGUCCGGCGCGAGAAGUUCUCCGGCCGUAUGUGCGACAAGUUCACAAUGGAGGAGGAUGUGGGCCAGAAGCACAACCUCUACACCCUGUGGACGACCACCGAGGGCGGCUACCACCCGGUACUGUACGAGAUGAAGGGCUACGACAGCCUGCUGGGCUCCCACUUUGACCAUUACAUCGUGCAGUACACCACGUUCGUGGCGGCCACGCCGUCCAAGGCCGACAUCAGCCCGCCCGACCCGACCAAGUGCAGCGGCUGGAACCCGGGCGCCGGCGAACACAACUACCUGAUGAACCCGAUGCGCGAGUUCAUCCACAACGACGACUCGCACGUGGAGGAGAGUUUCGCGGCGUUCAAAGCGCGCCACGGCCGCCAGUAUGAGGACGACAAGGAGCACACGCAGAGAAAGAACCACUUCCGGCACAACAUGAGAUACAUCCACUCGAAGAACCGCUCCGGGCAGAAGUUCCGGCUGGCGGCCAACCAUUUCACCGACCGGUCCGAUUCCGAGAUGCACCAGAUGAGAGGCUACCGCUACAACAGUGGACACCGCGGCAGCCUCAAGUUUCCGUACCGGGACACUAGGAUCCCCGACAACGUCACAGACUGGGACUGGAGGCUGCGAGGUGCAGUCACUCCUGUCAAAGACCAGAGCGUGUGCGGCUCGUGCUGGAGUUUCGGUACCACGGGCGCCGUUGAGAGCGGGUACUUCCUGCACUCGAGCCGGCUGGUGCGGCUCUCACAGCAGGCGCUAAUCGACUGCAGCUGGGGACAGGGCAACAACGGCUGUGACGGCGGCGAGGACACCAACUCGUACAAGUGGAUUCUGAAGCACGGCCUGCCUACCGAGGACAGCUACGGACCGUACCUGGGCUCGGACGCCUUCUGCCACGUCAACGAGUCGCAGGCUGGAGCGGUUCGUAUCAAGGGCCACACUGACGUACCGUCGGGUAGCGUGCAUGCGGCCAAGUACGCGCUGUGGAAGCACGGCCCGCUGUCGGUGGCCAUCGACGCAGCGCACCGCUCCUUCGUGUUCUACGCCAACGGGGUCUACUACGAGCCCGAGUGUGGCAACAGCGUCAACAACCUGGAUCACGCGGUGCUGGCGGUCGGUUUCGGCAUUCUGGACGGCGAGCCUUACUGGCUGGUGAAGAACUCGUGGUCCACCUACUGGGGUAACGCCGGCUACGUCCUCAUGUCGAUGAAGGGCAACAACUGCGGCGUGGCCACGGCCGCCACCUACGUCAACUUCUGAUCGCGAGCACAGCCAGCCGCUCACGGACGCGCUGAUUGGCUGGUGGCGCCGUCUGCCGUCCUGUGAUUGGUCAGUCCGCCGCGGCCCGGCUGUCGCCACUGGGGUGUCCGGGGACCCUUGGGAGGUGAGUGGCGCCUCACUCGCGCGGUGCCUUUGUCCUCAGUGACGGGAGAUGGGUCGAAAGUCCAUGUAUAAGCGUAUGCCAGGUGCGAAAUAGCGUAACUCCAUUGGUGGCCAAAGAGGAAAUAAGCCGCCUCAUGCUACUCAAUGAUGUAUUUUACAAUAUGGUGUAUGCUCCCAACUGAUAUUGCAGAUGUAGCUCGUGUUAAAACCGUUACUGUUUACCGUGCCUUGGGAUUUAGGUGCCAACACAUCAGGGUCUUUCACAAGGACAUAUACUCCAGGGCAUUUCUCCUAUUGUAGCGCGCCACGGUGUGUUUAUGGAUUUUUGAUUUUGCAUUAUAAAACGAAUACAGUGUUUGACACUA